GCUCCCUCUGCGCCCGCCAUGCGCCCUUCGCCGAGCGCGCACGGCAUCAAGGGCAUCUUCGCCCUCAUCCGCGCACAUGCGCCCGACGCCGUCACCGACCUCUCGGCGCCCAGCAGCAGCGGCUGGCACGCGCUGGCGGGCAGGCGCGUCGCCGUCGACGGCACAUUGCUCCUUACGCGCCUACACUUCUCCUCGUCUGCCUCGCCGCAUCGCCAUCUGCUUGGCCUCUCCGCCUUUCUCGCCACGCUGCGCACACACCGCAUCCGCCCGCUGCUCGUCUUCGACAAUCCCCUGCCGACGGCGCGCCUGCCGCAAAAGGCACGCGAGCAUGCGCGCCGCCGCGCCGCACGUGCUCGCAUCCUCCAGCGAGCAGAGGCAGAGCGAAGACGACAGGCCCGCCUGACGCAGCUGCAGCUUGCGCUUGACAGGCUUGCGGCUAUGGAGGCCGACGAGCGCGCCGAGUGCGCACGCUGGCUGAGGCGCUGGGACGUGCCGCUGGAGCAGGCGAGCGCGUCCGAUCCGCCAUCGUUGAGUCUGCUCGACGAGCUCCUUGCCCCAGAGCCGCGGUCGGGCUUGCCGCGCCUGCCCGAGGAGGAAGACGUGACGCUCUCUCCGGCAUUACUAGACGAGCUGCGUUCUUCGCUGCCUUUGGGCCGGCACAUCGACGACGUGCUCGACGCCGAGCGGCAGUCAAGUGGCGCACGCGCAUCUCUGCUCUCGCCAGUGCCAAUACGAACGACGUCUGCGCCGUCUGCGGAGAGCGGCGCCGCAUGGGACGAGAUCCUCGAGGCGCAAACAUCGCCCGCCUUGGCGCUGGCAGCGCAAAUAGCGCAUCUGCGCGCCUCGUACUCUGCACACUCUGGCGAGAGCGAUGCUGCUGCAGCGGCGGGCGCAGCCGGAACCGAGCGAGAUGCAGAGACGCCACGGCAGGCUCUGCUGUCGCAGCAGGAGGCGCAGGUGUACGCCGCGCUGCUGGCAGGGCAAGAAGCAAGGGCGCUUGUCAAGAUUGUCGAGGAGACGCAGACGGAGACGGCGCGCGAGAGCGAGGAGGUCGAAGUUGCGAAGACGCAAGCUGCGGAGGCGCAACGCAUCGCAGACGCCGAGGAGGAGCCUAAAUGCGCAGCAAGCGUAGCUACUGGCGAUGCAGCCGCGCCACUCGAAGCUCUCGCCGAGGCCGCUGCGCCCGCUGAGCUGCUCAGCUCCCUCUCCGUCUCGCAAGCGCAGCUGCGCGCCUCGUACGAGCGAUCCAGCGCCAAGCUCCCGCCAUCAGUGGUGCCUUUCGCAGCCGAGCUGUGUGCGCUGCAUCACAUCCCGGUGCUCUACACCGGCUCGGGCGCCCGAAAUGCUUUGCGCGCACACGAGGCCGAGGCGCUCUGUGCGCGCGUUGUGCGCGACGGAUACGCAGAUGCGGUGGUGUCGGAGGACAGUGAUACGUUGCUCUUCGACGUGCCACUCAUUCGAGGCGCGCUGGGCGGCAAGCUGCAGGUCGUCGAUGGCCGCAAGGUCAGGCACGCCUUCUUCCCGCCGGAGAGCAUGCCGCUGCCUGUUGCUGCAGCAGCAGCUUCUACUAGCUCAACUGCCGUAAAGCAGACUGGCGCAAGUGUUCCGGAACUUGCGCUCGACGCCGCAGCAGCAGAGAGCGAGGACAUCCUCGACGAUGAAGCUACGCCCAGCUCUGCCGACGAAAACGCAGGCGACGUGUCGGCGAGCCUCGACGCGAGCAGCACUGCGGCCGCACAGGCCGACGCCGAGAGUUGGGAGCGCAUGCUCGAGCUCGCGCUUCUCUGCGGCACCGACUUCAACCGCACCGUGCCCGGCAUCGCCGGACGCACCGCGCUCAAGCUCAUCCGCGAGCACGGCCGCAUCUCGGCAGUGCUCCGAGCCUCUUCCGCUGCCGCCGCUUCUGCCUCUGCCAGUGCUCGCCGCUCUGCCGCUGCCUCUGCUGCAACGCCCGCCAUGCGCAAGUACGCCCCGCCGGCCAGCUUGACCUGGCGUGCCUACAGCAAGGAGCUCAACGCAGCGCGCGGCGUCUUUCGUCGCAUGCCGUCGCUGCAGUACGUGGCGCAUCGUCUACGCGCAUGGGCCGCUUCGGACGGCGCAGACGACUCGCGCGUCAGCGCCGAGGCGCUCAACGUCUUCUGGCGCAACCUGCUCGGCCCGCGAGCCGAGGAGCCAGAGCAGCUGCGCCUCGACGACAGCGAAGAGUUGGCGCUUGAGGACACGCCGGCUCGCAAGGAGCGCAAGUCUAAGGCUACGCCUGGCUUCGGCAGCGCUCUCUUCGAGGAUGCCCCGACGCACGCUGCCGGCGUGGCCAGCUGGGACCCAAGCGCCCUCAACGACCGCCAAUCUGAUCGUCACGCAGACGGCACCUCGGCCUGAACACCCUUCUGACUCUCCUGUCACCUCACACUGUAUUCUAGUCCACCUCUCAACGCAUGUCUAUAGAUAUCGCAC